GUGACGUUUAACAACGAAAUAACGCUUUCACUCGUUGGCAUGGAUUUCGGCUAAUAUACAACACUUUGGAGGGGGAUUUUGUAACGCAUUUGAACGUUAGCUACUUCAAAUUAGCAUAGUGUUUUGUUUAGCUAAUCCAUCAAUAUUUAAACAAUUUAGAUUGCGAAAACGGGAAUAUUUUUCAUACUCUGAAGUCUCUGGUGCUAGCUAGCUAGUUUAGCACAACUGGCUGGCCUUUGUUUGUCAUGGGUGUUUUUCAGACUGUGCCGUUGACCAGCUAACUAAUAUUUUCGCCUUUCAACAUCCCUGAAUUUUAUAAAGAUGAAGAGAAAAGUGUCUCGAUUACGGUUAAGUCCAAAUGAAGAAGCUCAACUCAUUCGAGAGGAACACGAGAGGAGAAGGAAGCUGCGAAUACAACAGGUGCGGGAACAGGAGCGGUAUAUCGCUCUUCAAAUCCGCACGGAGGUGCAACUGCGAAGGGAGCGCGAGCUGCAAAACCUGGCAGAGGAGUUGAAGGAGGAGUGGGAGCAACAGCGGAGUGAGAAACUGGAGACCCUGCAAAAGUUAUACCAAGACAAUCUCCGAGUUUUGGGAGAGGGACAUAGAAGUGCCAAAGAAAAUGAGCCUGACUGGGAGGCAAUUGCACAGAAAAAUGAGGAGAAUCAUGUUCGGGCAGAUGAGCGCUAUCGAGUAGCCCUCAAAGAGCUCAAAUCAGAGAGACAGAAAGAUCAGGAGGAACAAAAUCGUUUUAUCGAGGCUAGGAAGAAGUCCAUACAGGUGGAGAAGGAGAGGGCAGCAAAAGUGGCCAACUUCCCAUCCCUUCCACCCAACCCAAUUGAGAAUAUUGAGUCAAGGAAGCUGCAUGCGGUGAAGAAAUCAGAUGUGGAUGCCUUCUCUGUGACUCACUAUCAUAUGCCAGAGACUACGGUGGACAGGGAAGUCUACACAACACAGCCAAACGCACAGGAGGUGGCAUUGGAGGAGAUGCAGCGCCUGCAGGUGCUAGGACAGGAGGAGCAGAGGGAGAGACGGGAGCAGCUGGAGAAGGCUCGUCUCAGAGGUAACCACGCGCUGAGGAGGGAACAGCUCACACAGGACCGAGAGCGCCUCCUGGUGGAGCUUGAACACAUGCAUCAGACAGAUCUUUUGAGGCGCAGGCAGGUGAUGGCUCAGAUGCCUGCCCAGAUCUUCCAGCCGCUCCACAAGAGACAGGAGAUGAGGGAGGACUGGCAGAGGGAUAUGGAGUUCGCCUUCGAGGACAUGUACACUGGAGAGAGGAGAGUGAAAGGUGACCUGGUGCUGCAGCUGGUCCCAGAGCCUCUCCCAGCUGUGUCCACUGGCAGCCAGGAUGAAGACCUAGACCUGACCCAGGAGGCCACCCCUGACCUUACACCCUUGGCUGGGGCAGAGGAACAACAGGAUGAAGAACCAUCCAGGCCUCUAGGUGGUGCCCCCAGACAGGCCUUGAAGAAACUAUUGACCCGCAUCAGGUCACAGAGAGACCAGUGGAGCUACCGGAGGCUGGUUUAUCCCCCAGAUGACUGCCGAAAUACUCCGACAGCAGAGUGCGACACGUCCGCAGGCGUUACGACCAUUGAGACAGGUUCUCUGGCCAGCGAGGAGAGGGGCCGACCUUUGACCACUAUACCCAGACUCCCUGACCCCUCUCAGUCAGCCCAAGCUAUAGAGACAACAGAAGAGUCCAUAGUGGCUGGUACCCUGCUCCAGGCUGAUAAACAAGCCAUCAAGAUCCACACAUUUGAAACUGAGAGGAAGAGGAGGGAGGAAGAGCUGGAGAGGCAAAAGCAGGAGCAGAUAGCCCUGCUACAGGAGUUAGAGGAGAAGAAGAGCAGGCUGGAGCUGCUGCUGCAGGAGGCCCAGCAAGAAAGAGAACAGCUGCAGACGGCCAUGAACCAGGACACAGCUGCUGCAUCUGGAACACAGAAAACACCAGCCCAGGACGUCACCUCUGUCAGCCCUGCUGCUCCAACUCCCGAGACUUGUUCUGUGUUUGUCCCUGUGCAGUCUACUAUAACCUCAGCUGCUGAGGAUGACCACUCCAGGAGAAUCAAAGUGUAUCAGCAGCGUCUCUUUGACCAGAACAGGCUUCAUAAGCAGUCUGUGGAGGAGGCUCGCCGACGUCUGGAAGAGUACCAACGCACACUAAGAAACCGCUACUCUGGUGAAACUACGUCAACAUUUCUCCCUCCUGGUACCACAGCCUGUCUUCUACCACACUUUAAAGGAGGAAUCAAUUCCCCGGCAGUGCCCCUAGAACUCCCCUCUGGUUCUGCCCUGCUCCCCUGUCUCCCUGUAGCACUUAGUCCCCACUCUAGAGCUCACACCCCUUUGGACCUCCCCACACAGGAGCCCUCCAUCUUGGUUCAAACUCUCUUCCUCCCUGGCACUACAGUUGGCUUGCAUAUUAACUCCAGAACCUCACCAGUGCAGCUAGAACCCACCUCUGAAAGCCUAAGGGACCAAAGAGCAGGUGUUUGGCUGGCGGACAAUGUGUUUAGUAGGGUCACAGAGGAUUUCCCUGAGAAGCUACCUCCACCCUCUACCUCGUUAGACCCCCAGUCCUACAGACCACAUCCUGUUUCCCUCCACCCUACUCCACACAUCCCACUCCCAUCAAGAACGGACCCCAUCCCACCCAUCAGCCCAACCCCUUCAGAAGAGUCAGCUACUCUCCCUGGCGAGGCCCCGGUAAAUCCUGGGUCUGUCCUGCGGGCCCCGGCCAAGUUCGGGGAGGAGGUGGAGAAGCAGAGGCAGGAGCUACGGGAGGCCCAGCGGCGGGUGGAGGCCCAGCGGCGGGUGGAGGCCCAGAGGGAGGUGCUCUUCAUGCAGCAGAGGGAACUGGAGGAGGAACAGAGGGAGCAGAGGAGGAGACAGAGGGAGGUGUUACAGGCACUGCUCACUGCUGAUGACACACAGCCUGGUCCAGAGACCACUGAUGGUUUGGGGUCAGAACGUCUCCGUCUGAUGGCAGCUCUGCUUCGGGCCAUCGAGGAGUCCAAUGUGCAAACCUCAACAUUGGUAGAAACCAGUCAGAGCCAAGACAACACAUUCGACGUCCAGAGUUCACACUCAGACAGACCCGCCCCUCACCCACUCCCCCACCACCACCCCCGGGCAGCCAAACCCCCGGUGGCCCGCGCCAGGCUGGCCGCCAUGGAGAUGACAGAGCAGCACGAGCUCAGUGCCAUCCAGGAGGUGCAGACGCCAGCCAAUGCCAGCCUGAUCACAGAAGAGAGUGUGGCAGUAUCUAUUGAAAGUGCAAUCCCAGAAGAACAGGACCACUCGGCCCACUCUGAAAGAGGUCACUCCAGCACCUCUGUGUCCAGUGCAUGGGAACACACAGCUGGGACUGGGAGUGAGACGUUAACUGGGUCUAGUAGAUCCAGCAAGCUUUCCUGGAGAGAGAGACUACGGCUGGAGGCUGGUGCCUCUCCUGGACCUGAUCCCACACCAGCACUCCCAGAACGGUCUUAUCACUCCUGUGAGUUUGGGAGAGGUGUCCUUGGUAAAUCUCCUAUAGAGUUGGAGAGCCUGUCCUUCCAGUCAGCCCGUAGACCCUCAGAACCUGACUACCUGUCCUCCACCACCAUCUCUUCUGGAAGCUAUGCCACCACUGACCCUGAACACACCUCCACUGACCCUGAACACACCUCCACUGACCCUGAACACACCUCCACCAAAAUAGACUCUUCCCUGCUCUUGGCUGGGUUUGGGAUGGGAGGAGGAAAAAAUAAAAAGUCAUCGGUCAAUGGCUCCUCUUCAUCCAGACACAGUUCCUGUAGGGGCGUAUCUGGUACUGGCUUUCCCAUUUUAGACUCACUCAUACACAGCAGCAGUAUCCAGCGCAUCAUAGACAAAUACACCAGGGAGCUCAACUUUUCUCUUAGUACUGCUGGGAACCAGACGGGUGCAUCUGCAGUGAUAGAGGGGUCAGUGUGUGAGGAGCCAAGCUCCUCUGUGUCGCAGCAGAAGCCCUGGUCUAAGCUACUGCAGGAGAAUGAGGGACCAGACAGGUCACCUGUUUGGGGGGCCGACCCACACACUCUCCCCUCGGACAGAGAGUCAGGAGCUCAGAGGCACGACCAGGAAUGGGACAACACUGUCAACCGGAUCAUGGAUCGCCUCUCAGACAAGUCCUCCUCAUUGGUUCUGGACCAGGGGCGGGACUCCACUAUCAGCCCAAUGACUGGCCAGCCCUCGGAUAAGUCAUCCUCGCCGGGCCAAGGGUGGGACUCUACUUUGAGCCGAAUGAUUGGCCAGCUCUCAGGUCAAUCAACCUCACUGGACCAAGGGUGGGAUUCGACUUUGAGCAGAAUGAUUGGCGGGCUCUCCAAUCAGUCAACCUCUGUCAGCCAGCGAUUGGACCAGUCAUCCCAGUGGCUAGAUGAAGUCCAGGAUGAGAGCCGGGUGAUGAGGCCUCUGGUUGGAGAGCUGGAUGAGUCUGCUGCCCAAUGGAGUGGGAGCUCAGAAGCUGGUGGUUCUAACUCCCUAGGCUGGGUGGAUCUGAGGGUCUCGGGCCAGACGGGAGUGUCUUCUGAUCCAGAGGGAGCCCCUGAAUCUCAGUUACUGAGCAGCUCCUCUCUCCCUGGACGGGAGCCUCCGCCACAUCCACACUACCAGAGCCUGCAGCACUCUGGGGCCAGCUCCCAGGAAGCAGACAGGACUGGGGUGGAUCCAGCCUCCGACUCCUUCCACCCUCUCCUGGCUGAGGUCACGCACAACGAGACAGCCGAACCCUCCAUGACCUUUCACCUUCCAGAAGAGGAAGUGGAGGGGCUUUGUUCCCAGGAUGAAGAUGGUGACCAUGAAGCACCUGCAGGGGACCUUGAGCUCUCUGCAUGCUCAGAGGAGUUUGAGGAUGACACAGACCCCUCCGUCACCUCUGAACCCUCUCCUGAGCGCCUAAGAGGAGGGGAGGAACCACCUCAGCCCUCACCCGCCCUGCACGACUCCUUGUACCAGCUGACCUCGUCCCAGUGCCUCCCCCAUGACUCUGCCCUGCAGGUAUCCCUUGUAGCGGAGGAGGUUGGUCUAGCAGCCUGUGAAGAUGUCUCCACUUGGGACAUGCCACUUGAAGGAGGGGACACUGAUAUGGAGAGUACACCAGCACCUCAGAGACUUGACCAAAGAGGUGCUAUUAAAAUUGAGGACCUGGGUGCAGGAGAGCCAGAUGACCAGCUAUGUUCAGAGUCAAAGAUCAGCCCUCCCAUCUGGGAGAGAAUAAUGGAGGUGGGCAGUGUGAAGGGGAUAAUGGAUGAGUCCAUGCUGACCCUGGUGAGCCUGACAGACACAACACUACAGGGCCAGGAACUCACUGAGGAAGAGGAAGGAGAGAUGGAGGAAUCAAAGUCGACGAUGUUGCCAGAGGAGAAUGCCAGCCUACAGGAGAAAGAGACAACCCCCUCUCAUGCAGUGAUGCUACUGGAGUUCCAGUCAUGUCCCAGCCUGAACCUACAGGAGGCCUUCCAGGAGAAACGCAGAGCCCUGAUCCAGAGGUCUGCCCACAGGGUGGAGGAGAUUCAAGCCAAGAGGGAUGAAGCCAGGGCCAACACAACCACCAGGGCCCAGUCUGACCCAACCACUGUUCAGUCAACCACUUCUAAACCCAGGAGAGAGGGGAGGAGUGCAGAGUCAACCCAUGCAGGAGGGUAUGCCAAGCAGAAAAAGCAACAGCCAAAACCCCAAACUCCCUUGCAGCCUCCCAUGCUAGCCGAGCUGAAGAAGGUUGGGGAGGUGAGGAUCAGCACUCCUGAGAUAAGGAAACAGGAUGUGGCUGAGAUGCGUAAGAGAACAGAGAGGUUGUACAGCCGACUAGAUGAGGUGAAGCUUCAGAAGGAGGUCAGGAGCAGACAGGAGGCAUAUGCCAAAAACAGGGAGAAGGCCAAAGAGUUUCAUAAGAAAACCUUACAGAAGCUACGGGCCAAGCAGUCUUCGCAAUGAUAUUGAAGAUCGAUUGCUGUUGUCAUGUGUGUUUGCACCUAUUUUGUACUUGCGUGUAUACAUUGUGUUUUUGUGCAAUUUGUUAUCAGUAAUUUAAAAGAUAAAAUUUGUAAUAAAGUGUAUAUACAUACA